AUGGUGCGCGAGAGCAAGGCGCUGGGCAGCGCUGGGCAUGAGGCAGCGCUGACGGGUGCGGUUGGCGGGGCUCGCAGCGCUGGCAUGUGGCGUGUGGCUGAGCGGUGCGGGGGCGUGGCUGGGCGGUCUUGGCGGCUGGCAGCGCUGGCAGCGCUGGUGUGGCUGGGCGGGCUUGGCGGGCUGGCAGCGCUGGCGUGGCUGGGCCGGCUGAGCGGGCUGGCAAGAAUCUCUACAAGCGCCCAGCCAAAAUUUGGACAGCGCUGGCGGGUGGCAUGGUGGCAGCGCUGCCAAGAUUAUUACACAGUUCGGGGUGGCAGCGCUGGCGGGGUGGCAGCGCUGCCGGGGGCAUGGCUGGGGUUGGCGGGUGGGCUGGGCGGUUCGGGGUGUGCGGCGUUGACGGUUGCGUGGCUGGGCGGGGUGGCUGGCAGUUCGGGGUGGCAGCGCUGGCGGGGUGGCAGCGCUGCCCGGGGGCAUGGCUGGGGUUGGCGGGUGGGCUGGGCGGUUUCGGGGGUGUGCGGCGUUGACGGUUACGUGGCUGGGGCGGGGUGGCUGGCAGUUUCGGGGUGGCAGCGCUGGCGGGUGGGCAGCGCUGCCCGGUGGCAUGGCUGGGGUUGGCGGGGUGGGCUAGGCGGUUCGGGGUGUGCGGCGUUGACGGUUGCGUGGCUGGGCGGGGUGGCUGGCAGUUCGGGGUGGCAGCGCUGGCGGGUGGCAGCGCUGGCCGGGGGCAUGGCUUGGGCGGUCUUGGCGGCUGGCAGCUCGGGGUGGCAGCGCUGCCAGGGGGCAUGGCUGGCGGGUGGCACUUUUUGGUGA